AAUAUUUCACAAUUCCAAAACUUAUAAACCCAUGUGCCAAGAACAUGUCAAGGAAUGUUUUCUCUAAGGCUAGUACGAACUCUUAUUAGUCCCAGUUUUCCUAGAAUAAACGUUUGCGAAAAUAAGCAGUGAAUCGUGAUUUGAUUAUUGUGAUGAUGAGAUUCAGGAAGCAAAGAUGAUAUUUGUCUGGAUUAUGGUUGCCCAGUUUGCCCUAUCGGGAGCGGAUACUGAGCCAAUGUGUUUAUCAAGAUUCGAUUAUGAUUAUAAACUAUUAUCAAAACUUGUAGAGCUGGAAACUGGACAAAAGAGACUUCAUGAAACAAUUACGGAACAACAGACAGUAAUCAACGAACUUCAAACAACAAUAACAGGCUCUAAAUUAAAAGAAGUCGGGUCUGUUUAUACACGUUGGGGAAAAUCUUCAUGCCCUGGCAACGGCACAGAGACUAUAUAUACUGGACUUGUUGCGGGGGCACACUAUACACACACAGGUGGAGCUGCCAACUACCUGUGUUUAACACAGCAGCCAUCUUGGAACAAGUAUAACGACGAAGAACAAGCCGGCGGACUUGUCUACGGAGCAGAAUACGAGUUUGAUCUUCGAAGUCGCUCAUAUUUCUUUGGUCGAGAAAUAACUAAUGAGGAUCCACCUUGUGCUGUUUGCCGAACUGAACGGCCAACCGUCAUAAUAAUUCCUGGCAGUCGACAAUGCCUCGAUGGCUGGACAAUGGAAUACCACGGUUACUUAAGCAGUGGGUAUUAUGGACAUGCUGCCGCUACAGAGUUUGUGUGCCUAGAUGUUGACCCGGAAAUAAUUUCUGGCGGAAAGUCUGAUAACAACGGCAAGCUUUUCUACUUUACGGAAGUCCGAUGCGGUUCCUCCUCGCUUUGCCCGCCUUAUGUGAACGGACGGGAGCUUUCGUGCGUCGUGUGCUCCAAAUAGAAUGUAUUAAAUCAACAGUUCAAGACGAGCUUAUAUCCAACUUGUAUGAAAAACCAAUCGUUGAAAAAAACAGUACUGUAUCAAUAGUUGUUCGUAUUAACUGUUGAUUCUGGUGAUUUCAAUCAUUACAAAUUUACUCUGCUUUAAGUGUCAAAUGGUAAUUGUUUCUCCACUUUGGUUAUGGAGGUUUAGUUAAGGAUUGCUUUGGUGCCCUACUAAAAUUCUCAUUUAGUAGUGUCUGCGAAUAUCACUGGCCUUAAAAGCACCAGCUAUGCAUGCCUUUCUUGCCCUGGUGGCAUUGCACGUUGACAAAUUACCUGUGUCUGUCUUGUUGUUACUGGCUAAUUGCCAUUUGGGUGGAAAUACAGCUGUAUAUGUUAUGCUUUGACAGAUCAAUAUGCAUUGAUCAGAGAUCGACGCCUACCACGUUUGAAAUAGGCCUUUGAGUGAUUUUAUUUGAUUCCGUUUCCAUUUGUACAAAUUAUGUCGAUUGUAUCAUUUUUGUAUCAUUUUUGAAAUCUAGAAUCAUUACAGCAAUAGGCAUCUGGGUUUUGAUUAAGUACGCAAUUAAAAUUACAAGGACUAGCAUUGUAGCCUUAAGUGUGACCAUUGUCCUGUUAAAUGACCAAACUCGCACUAUAUUUUCAUGAAUAUCAAAAUACACUUAAAUGCCUGAAUCAAUUUGAAUGAAAAAUCGGGAAGUAUCAUCCUCAAUUAUGCGAGUUCAGUUUAGGGGGUUUCAAAAUCAAAAUACAGGAUUCACCUUCUUUUUGCAAAUCGCUUCUAUGAGUUAAACAAAGCACAGUUACAGUUACAGCGACUGUUUACGGAUAAUAAGGGCGCUAUCCAUUUAUGUAAUUGUCCAAGGUCAAAGUUACGUUAUGUACAGGGAAGUCGAACUAGUAUGGAUUGAAGGAAAACAAACACCGUUUGAAUGAAAAACGGCAUAUUAACAGAUACGUGCUCAUUAUUAGAUAUUGGUUCAAAGUACAACAGUUUAAUAUUUAUUUAUGUUUCUAACGUAAAUUCAUGGAUUUAAGCGAGGAAGGCAUCACAACUUGGGCAUCUAACGUAAAAUGUUACUUGAGGAGAAAGGAAUUUUAAACGUCUGGGUUAAUCGGGAAUUAUGAUGUCAAAAUAUUUGCUACAGCUUUUUAACAACAUUUAAUUGAUAUAUUUCUACAAAAGUGGUGUGCUGAUAUUACCAAGGGUGUGAAACUUAAUAUUAUAUACUUGCUUGUGCAUAUUACGUUUUGUAUGGCUGAAUAUCUACAUAUUUUA